GCGUAAGGUCGUAAGAUUCCUCCAUGCUUGGAAUCGAAAAUGAGCAGAGUUAGGCAGCUCAAACAUCACAUCUGGAAUAAUCAAAACUGUAUAGAUGAUUCGGUUAUGGACUGGUUACUAGCAACUCCGCAGUUGUACAGUGCGUUCUCCUCGUUGGGAUGUCUCGAGGGGGACACCUAUGUGGUCAACCCAAAUGCAUUGGCCAUACUGGAGGAGAUCAACUACAAGCUCACCUAUGAGGAUCAAACACUUCGCACCUUCAGGCGUGCCAUUGGAUUUGGACAGAAUGUGAGGUCCGAUCUGAUACCGCUGCUGGAGAAUGCCAAGGACGAUGCCGUGCUGGAGUCGGUCAUCAGGAUACUGGUCAAUCUGACGGUGCCGGUGGAAUGCCUGUUCUCCGUGGAUGUUAUGUACCGAACGGAUGUGGGUCGCCAUACCAUCUUCGAGCUUAAUAAGCUGUUAUACACCAGCAAAGAGGCCUUCACCGAGGCUAAGAGCACCAAGAGCGUGGUGGAGUACAUGAAGCACAUCCUGGAGUCGGAACCCAAGCUAUCGCCGCACAAAUGCGAUCAGAUCAAUAACUGUUUGCUCCUGCUGAGGAACAUCCUCCACAUCCCGGAGACCCAUGCCCAUUGUGUGUUGCCCAUGAUGCAAUCGAUGCCACAUGGCAUCUCCAUGCAGAAUACGAUUCUGUGGAAUCUUUUCAUCCAGAGCAUCGACAAAUUACUCCUCUAUCUGAUGACCUGUCCGCAGAGAGCCUUUUGGGGUGUGACCAUGGUGCAGCUGAUUGCUCUGAUCUACAAGGAUCAGCAUGUCAGCACCCUCCAGAAACUGCUGAACCUCUGGUUCGAAGCCUCUCUGUCGGAGAGUUCUGAGGAUAAUGAGAGCAAUACCUCGCCACCGAAACAGGGAAGUGGCGAUUCCAGUCCCAUGCUCACCUCGGAUCCCACCUCCGAUUCCUCGGACAACGGCAGCAAUGGCCGUAGCAUGAGCGGUGGGCGAGAAGGAACGGCGGCCACCUUGCAGGAGGUGAGUCGCAAGGGGCAGGAAUACCAGAACGCCAUGGCCAGAGUGCCAGCCGAUAAGCCCGAUUGUUCCGAAGAAGCCAGUGAUAUGACAGGGAACGAUAGCGAACUGCCAGGAUCUCCAGAGCAAUCGCAGCCUGCUGGGGAGUCAAUGGAUGACGAGGACUACGAGGACCACCAGCAAAUCCAGCGAGACGAAGACGGGGACGAUGAUGAAGAUGAAGAUGAAGUAGAACAAUAUCUGCUACUGGGCCGAGCCUCCGAGCCCUUGAAUCUAACACAACAACCAGCUGACAAGGUCAACAACACUACCAACCCAACGCCCAGCCAAAGUGGUUGCCUGGGAAACGAGCCCUUCAAGCCACCACCUCCUCUGCCGGUCAGAGCCUCCACCUCAGCCCAAGCUCAAUUGCACCAGUUCAACGAAUCAUCUUACACGUCCCACGUGUCAGCGGUCAAACUGGGUCAGAAGUCGCCACACGCCGGUCAACUUCAGUUGACCAAAGGCAAGUGCUGCCCCCAAAAGCGGGAGUGCCCCUCCUCGCAAUCCGAGCUAUCGGAUUGCGGUUAUGGCACCCAAGUGGAGAACCAGGAGUCCAUUUCCACCUCUAGCAAUGACGACGAUGGGCCGCAGGGCAAGCCGCAGCACCAAAAGCCUCCGUGUAACACGAAACCACGGAAUAAGCCACGGACGAUUAUGUCACCAAUGGACAAGAAGGAGCUGAGACGCAAAAAGCUGGUCAAGCGCAGCAAGAGCAGCCUCAUCAAUAUGAAGGGCCUGGUGCAGCACACACCAACCGACGAUGACAUUUCCAAUCUUCUGAAGGAGUUCACUGUGGACUUCCUCUUGAAGGGCUACAGCUAUCUGGUGGAGGAGCUUCACACCCAACUUCUGUCCAAUGCGAAGGUGCCCAUUGACACAUCGCACUUUUUCUGGCUGGUCACUUACUUCCUGAAGUUUGCCGCCCAACUGGAGCUGGACAUGGAGCACAUCGAUACCAUACUCACCUAUGAUGUAUUGAGUUACCUGACCUAUGAGGGGGUGUCGCUGUGCGAACAGCUGGAACUCAAUGCUCGACAGGAGGGAAGUGAUCUGAAGCCCUAUCUGAGGCGGAUGCACUUGGUGGUGACGGCCAUUAGGGAGUUCCUUCAGGCCAUCGACACCUACAACAAAGUGACCCAUCUGAACGAGGAUGACCGAGCCCAUUUGAGGCAACUCCAGCUGCAGAUUAGCGAAAUGUGUGACCUGAGGUGCCUCUUUGUUCUUCUGCUAAGGCGUUUCAAUCCCAGCAUCCAUUCCAAGCAGUAUCUCCAGGAUCUGGUGGUCACCAAUCACAUUCUCCUGCUAAUUCUGGACAGUUCGGCUAAGCUUGGUGGAGGUCAAGCGAUUCGCCUGUCGGAGCACAUUACACAGUUUGCCACCCUCGAGGUAAUGCACUAUUAUGGCAUUCUGCUGGAGGACUUUAACAACAAUGGAGAGUUCGUCAAUGACUGCAUUUUCACCAUGAUGCAUCAUAUUGGUGGCGAUCUGGGCCAGAUCGGUGUUCUAUUUCAGCCCAUUAUUCUGAAGACCUAUUCCAGAAUUUGGGAGGCGGACUACGAGCUGUGUGACGACUGGUCCGACCUCAUCGAGUACGUCAUCCACAAGUUCAUGAACACUCCUCCGAAGUCUCCUCUCACCAUUCCCACAACUUCGUUGACAGAAAUGACCAAAGAACACAAUCAGGAGAAUACCAUUUGCUCUUGGUCGCAAGAAGAAAUGGACACCCUGUAUUGGUAUUACGUGCAGAGCAAGAAGAACAACGACAUCGUGGGAAAAAUCGUAAAGCUGUUCAGCAAUAAUGGCAACAAGCUGAAAACCCGGAUUUCCAUUAUCCAGCAACUUCUGCAACAGGAUAUCAUCACCUUGUUGGAGUACGACGACUUGAUGAAGUUCGAGGAUGCCGAGUAUCAGCGCACUUUGCUGACCACACCGACUUCCGGAACAACAGAGUCCGGGAUUGAGAUCAAGGAGUGCGCUUACGGCAAGCCCUCAGACGAUGUUCAAAUCCUGCUUGAUCUGAUCAUCAAGGAACACAAGUCCCAGCACCUGCUGUGGCUGCAAAAGAUCCUGAUCGAGUGCUGCUUCGUGAAGCUGACCCUGAGGAGUGGUCUCAAGGUCCCAGAGGGCGACCACAUUAUGGAACCGGUGGCCUAUCACUGCAUCUGCAAACAGAAAUCUAUCCCAGUGGUGCAGUGGAAUAACGAGCAGUCCACCACGAUGCUGUACCAGCCAUUUGUUUUGCUGCUCCAUAAGCUGGGCAUCCAGCUGCCGGCGGAUGCGGGAUCGAUCUUUGCCAGAAUUCCGGACUACUGGACCCCGGAGACGAUGUACGGACUGGCCAAGAAGCUGGGACCCCUGGACAAACUCAACCUCAAGUUCGACGCCAGCGAGCUGGAGGAUGCCACGGCAUCCAGUCCGUCGCGGUACCGCCACACUGGACCCCGGAACUCGCUCAGCUCGGUGAGCAGCCUGGAUGUGGACCUCGGCGAGUCUGAGGAGCUAGCUCUUAUUCCAGAGGUGGAUGCGGCCGUGGAGAGGGCCCACGCCAUGACUUCGGCACCCUCGCCCAGUGAGAUCUUCGCGGUGCCCAAGACCAAGCACUGCAACUCCAUUAUCAGAUAUACCCCCGAUCCCACUCCUCCAGUCCCCAACUGGCUGCAAUUGGUUAUGCGCAGCAAAUGCAAUCAGCGCUCAGGUCCGGCUGGUGAUCUCAGCGAUUGUCCUGGCUCCUCGUCAACAGUCGUCGACGAUGAAGGUCUGGGAAAGUCCAUCAGUGUGGCCACUUCGCAGGCAAACACCUCGAUGAGCACCGUGAAUCCCACAACAGCCUUGAGCCUCAACCUGCUGAACACCUUCAUGGGCAGCCACAACGAGAACAGCAGCAGUUCUGGAUGCGGGGGCACAGUGUCCUCAUUGUCCAUGGUGGCUCUGAUGAGCACAGGACAUGGACUGGACAUGGAUGUGGAUGUAUCCAUGAAGUCGUCGUUCGAGCGACUGGAGGUCAACGGGUCGCACUUCUCGCGGGCCAACAACUUGGACCAGGAAUACAGUGCCAUGGUGGCGUCUGUGUACGAGAAAGAGAAGGAAUCAAACAGCGACAAUGUCUCUUUGACCUCGGACCUGACCAGAAUGUAUGUGAGCGACGAGGACGACCGGCUCGAGCGAACCGAGAUCCGGGUGCCCCACUACCACUGAGGAUCCAUCCGAUCGGGAGUCCAGCAGCUGGAAGAAUUGUACCUUAAUCAAGCAAAUCACAACCUUUGACCCUUUCACCCAGCACAAGGAUUGUACACUUAGGACCUCCAAAGGCAAAAGAAUACCUGAUUACCUAGCUACGCAUAAAGUUAAGGACAAGUCUAAGCAGAAACUAAAGCGAAGUGCAUUAUAUGGUUAAUAGUCGUGAGGCUCUGUAGAUUCUAUCCCUGUCGUUAGUUAUGAUUAAGUUAACCUUAGUUUCCAACUGUAUUCUGCAUAUUAACCACAUGCAUACACACAUGUCAAUGGGCAGUUCCUGGUUGAAAUAGUGCAAAUAUACACAGACCCAAAAAUCUAUUUACACGAGUAAGAACGAAGACGAGCGUCCGUAUCCAAGAUCCAUCUGUAUGUAUAUCCUUAGUCAUAAGUAAUCCUCGGCCGUAAUAAAGCUUUCUCUGUAGCCAAAAGCCACAAA